AUUUAGAUAAUUUUGUGCACCCACCUCUCCCCUAACCAGCUCCUCCCUAAUGGUCAAAAUCUGUCCCAUCAAGCCUUGUCACCAUCAUCAACAGAUUUGGCACUAGGGUUAUUAUAGUGAUAGCUACUAAUGAACUGCUUCCCAAUUAAAGACAAAUAAGACAUCAAUUGGUAUGUCCAUUGGAGACGGCUGUUCCCGAGAUGAUACUGAUUUUGCUUUGAGACAAGAAGAAGAAAUGAUUUUUUCGCAUUGGAAAGAAGCACGUGGUGAAUGGACAUGAUAUGAAGAGGAAAGGGUGCUAGGUUUAAUAUAAAUAGAAAUAAGAAGCAGUUAGUGGUUGUGAAGGGAGGAGGCAAGCAACCAAAUCUCAGAGAAAUAACAAGUAAAGAGGAGGAAGAAUAAAGAGAAGAGACCGUUGUUAAUUAGAUACAGGAGAUCAGCGAACAUGGGAAGAUCUCCUCGCAGUGAUGACUCUGGUCUCAAGAAAGGUCCUUGGACGCCUGACGAAGAUGAGAAACUUGUCAACUAUGUCCAAAAACAUGGCCAUAGUAGCUGGAGAGCUCUUCCUAAGCUUGCUGGUCUUAACAGGUGUGGAAAGAGUUGCAGGCUAAGAUGGACGAACUACUUGAGACCUGACAUCAAGCGAGGGAAAUUCUCUCAGGACGAGGAACAGACUAUCUUGAAUCUUCAUGCAGUUCUUGGAAACAAGUGGUCAACGAUUGCAAACCACUUACCGGGGAGAACAGACAACGAGAUCAAGAAUUUCUGGAACACCCAUUUGAAGAAAAAGCUGAUUCAGAUGGGUUUUGACCCAAUGACUCAUCGCCCAAGAACCGAUAUCUUCUCCAGCUUAUCUCAGCUCAUUUCUCUCUCAUCUAACCUAAGAGGUAUUGUUGAUGUGCAGCAACAGUUUCCAACUGAUCAAGAGCAAACUAUGCUGAAACUCCAAACCGAGAUGGCCAAACUCCAAUUGUUCCAAUACCUUCUUCAACCACCUUCCAUGAAUAAUAACAUUAACCCUAAUGACUUUGACACUCUCGGACUCCUUAACUCCAUUGCCUCCUUCAAAGAAACCUCCAAUACCCCCAGCAACAAUCUCGACCUCGGUUCCUAUCUUCAGGACUUCAACAGCUUACCAUCCCUGAAAACCCUAAAUUCCAACAUCGGACCAUCACCUGUUUUCCCACAAAAUCCUGAUGAUAAUCACUUCAAGUUCUUCAGUCAAAGAGAAACCAACCUACCCGUAUCUCCAAUCUGGCUCUCAGAUCCCUCCAGCUCAACUCAGAGUUUGCUACCUUCUCUUGAUCCUUCCUCUGCUGUGAGUGAUGAUCUGAUUAGAAACCAAUAUGUUAUUGAAGAUGUCAAUAGCAAUCUCACCUCUUCAAGCUGUCAAGAAUCAGGAGCUUCAGCUUCAGCUGCAUGGCCUGAUCACCUAUUGGAUGAUUCCAUAUUUUCCGACAUUGCUUAGCCUUUGUCUUUUCAGGUUUGUUUGAGGAACUCAAAAUCGAAUUUACU